CUAAAGGGAAACAAUAAUCGUGCUUCUCUGUGCAAAGUUCAUGUGAUCUAUCUGCAACAAUAAUUUAGGACGCUACUAAAUCAAUUCUUCCCAGAAAAUCAAUAAUUCAAUGGCGUUGUGGUUUCCUGGUAAGGAAACUUGUCAGGAGAUAAAAUAAAGUAACCACUAUUCAUGUACAAAAAUACAUCACUUUGAUUUUGUUAGUAUCAAAAAAAUUAAUACUCUCCAAGAUAACUUAUUUUAAUGCUAGCUCCACCCAAUAUCUAGAACUAGCUAUAUAUAUUCUGCUACGUACAAUCCCAAAAUUCUACCAUCAAAAAACCAGUUAGUAGUAUUUAUUUGUACGAGCAAAAAAAAAAAAAAAAUCUACCUUCAACUUAUUGUUGUAUAGCUUUCACACUUAUUUCCUCUGACCAAAGUCAUUCAUCCCCAUUCCUCCUAGUUCUUUCCUUCUGAGUUCUGAUCCAAUGGAAACAGUACUGAUGGACCUGGGAAAAUUUUCUCAAUCUUCAGGGACUAAUUAUUUGUAUAUUAACAAUUCUGCAGGGUCACCAGAACAACAACAAGAUCAGUUCUCUGAUGACAGCGCCGCCGCCGCCACCCCAACUCCUCCUCAUCUCGAUUUUGUUUCUUCUUCUUCCGUCUCAUUUUCCGGCAACCCUAUUCAUCAAGAAUCCAAAACCGGGUCCGGCCCAUUUUUGCCUUCACUAAUGAACACGACACCGAUGUUGUCAUUUGAGAACUCGUUACAGAAAGGGGCUUCCAUGGAAGCCAUGCGAGAAAUGAUAUUCCGGAUAGCAGUGAUGCAGCCGGUUCACAUCGACCCGGAAUCCGUAAAGCCGCCCAAGAGGAAGAACGUGAAGAUUUCCAAGGACCCGCAGAGCGUGGCGGCCCGGCACCGGAGGGAACGGAUCAGUGAGAAGAUACGGAUUUUGCAGAGACUGGUUCCGGGUGGGACCAAGAUGGAUACGGCUUCCAUGCUGGAUGAGGCUGCGCAUUACUUGAAGUUUUUGAAAAAGCAAGUGAAAUCACUUGAACAAACAACUUCUUCAGCCAGUUUGAAUGAAAUGAAUUUUACUAAUAUGGUGAAAUCAUGCCAGCAUCAGCAUGCUGCUCAUCACAUGGUGGGCUCGAUGCAGAUGCUUAGUUUUGGAAGUUGAUAUGAUUUUUCCUCUUUAAUUAGUCUUGAGCCACUUUGAGAUCAAGGUGCUUUAUUUGUACAUCUCAUCGAUCUUUCCUCAAAAGGAAAAUGGUCUCUCUCUCUCUCUCUCUUUUUUUUUUUUUGGUUUACUUUAUAGGGUUUGUAAAGGAAAUUGCGAAUUAUGUAUAACGCUACUUGUCUUAAUAUAUCCACUGAAUAAC